AUGCUGCACAGGGUGACAUACCCCUCUUCUGUUUACGACGGUACACUCUCUAUUAAUAAGGUCGGAAGCUUUCUCUACGGAACGGACAACAUACCACAAAGACUUCUUCUUUGUGGCACACUUGCACUUUCAUACUAUAUCUUAGGUCCGACGAUCUACACGUGGCUAUUCCCUGGUAGUUCUGCUAUGUUCCAGAGCUCCACGAGGAAAGACAAACACACGACAGGGCUGGCAAACAACCGGAAUGAUUGCUUCGCCAACUCGUCCAUCCAGGCGUGGGCGUCGCUGCCAGCUGUGUCUGUGUACCUCAAUGAGAUCAUGGAGAUCAGGAAGGAGGUACUGCGACGCAUGGUGCGGUCCUCUGAUGGGGCGCACGAUGGUGCUGCCGCCGAUGAGUGGGGCGAAGUGAAGGCGCCCUCUCCUGAGCAUAAAAGCGAGGCUCAUGAUAUGCAUGAUUCUGGGGACCAUGUAGGGCAGAUGAAUUUAUCCAAUGGCGUCGAUGUUCGCAUGCAUGCAGCGCUAGCAGACAUCCUAUACCAGUUACAGCAGCCGGUAGCAAAAAGCACUUUUAUAUCGCUGCAACCCCUGUUGCAUACUCUGGAACUAAUAUAUAGCGCCAAGUUGUCGCGGGGCCAAAAUGAUGCCCACGAAUUCACCCAAUUGUUACUCGAAACGCUGGAAAAGGAGCAUACGGAGCUGUCUUUAAUGUUGAAGGGUGAUAAACGACUGGAGGGCCUUGCCGUCCCUGCAUUCCCCAUUCGGGGAUCAUUGGCAGAUAACCUUGUGUGCCUAAGAUGCGGAGGCUCGUCAAAGGUCAAUGUGCAUCAGUUUUCUAUGCACACAUUGCCAGUUCCAAACGCAACUUCGGCGGACCUCCGUGAUAUGCUUUUUGAUAACCAAACCGAGACGAUCGACGACUACACUUGCGUAUCCUGCCAGAUUCGCGCAAUUCUCGCAACAGAGAAGAAUAGAGGACGCCAAGGUGUCGACAGCACAGAGCUUGCCAUUAUUGAGGAGCUUGCGCGGCUCGCACCGUCCAUCUCAAUCAAUGAGGACAUGCCACCUCACCUGGCCGCCUACGUCAGCGCGUAUAACAAGGACCACUGCAUCACCGCCGCCUUGAAGUCCACCAUUGUAAAACGCACAGUCUCAGUCGAUUCGCCGCGCGUGCUCAUUCUCCACCUCUCGCGUUCAGUCUUCAAUGGGGUCUCGUACGCAAAGAACACCUGCAAUGUCACUUUCCCGGAGGAGCUGGUCAUCAAUGAGCAGCUGCUCGAGAAUAACAAAUGUGUUGGGGUUCGUGCAGUCCGCUAUAAGCUGUGCGCCAUGAUCAAGCACAUUGGCACCCAUUCUCAGGGCCAUUACGCAUGUUUCCGCCACAAACCUGACUUUAGGAAGGACCCAAGGACGGGCGAGAUCAUCAUUCGCUCAGAUGUGAUCUCGUCGGACGCCGUCCCGCAGCCAGCCCCUCGAAUGCCUGUGCCCUACGCCAGCUCGAAGCCCUCCGCCCUGGGCCGACUGGCCGCCUUGCUCAAGACCGUUACUGGGGAGCCUCCAUCAACAGUCACUACUAACGAAGAACCCGUCUCCAAGCCCGACGCGUCAGCCGAGCAGGACAGCUCCGGAGCCAGCUCUGCGAGCUCAUCGGGCGUAUCUUCGGCUGCCACGAAGGUACUCCCCCGUCCCCAGGGCCGUCCCCGCAAACUGAAGGCUUUACGUCGCACCACUACGCACCCGUGGUGGUGUAUCUCAGACUCGUACGUGUCGGAGUGCAAGACGUCGUUCCUUCUCUCGGAGACAAAGCUCGUGUACAUGCUUUACUAUCAACGCAUUGAGCCCUAG